GAUCGUUCAUCUGUAUUACAAGGAGCACGCCGGCGUUGUCGAGUACGUGAACCUUUUCGUCAUGUACGUCAUCCUCUUCCUCUACGUCUUCUUCUCCGUGCAGAAGAUCGAGAUGGUGAAGUCGAAGUGGGGGCUCGCCGUCGCCGCCGUCGUCAUGGUGGUCGCGUCGCCGCUCAUGGCGCUCUCCGUCUGCACGCGUUUCGGGCUCGCGCCGACCGUCAACAAGGGCGAGGUGUUCCCGUAUCUCAUCGUGAUCGUCGGUCUCGAGAACAUCCUCGUGCUAACGAGGAGCGUCGUGGCGACGCCCGUCGCGCUCGACGUGAGGCUGCGCAUCGCGCAGGGACUCGCGCGCGAAGGCUGGAGCAUCACGAAGAACCUGUGCGCGGAGCUGUUCAUCCUCGCCGUCGGCUUCUUCACGUUCGUUCCGGCGAUCCAGGAGUUCUGCGCGUUCGCGGUGAUCGGACUCGUCUCGGACUUCUUCCUGCAGCUGUUCUUCUUCGCGACGGUUCUCUCCAUCGACAUACGAAGGACGGGUCUUUACUACGGCGUCGAACAGAGUGCUGUUCCGUUGUCUCCCACGACGAUCGAGCUCAUCAUAACGCUACUGCUGGCGCUACCUAGUGUCUGUUUCAUCAUCUACAUCAUGGUGUUCCUAUACAGGUGCAUGUGCUCGCGCAACUACGACAAGUGGCGCGCCUCAUGGCAGCUGGGGCGCCGCGCGUCCUCCCUCCGCGCCGCCGGACAACUCCAGGAGGCAGCACCUGUCGCGCUGCGCGGACACCGGCAGGAGGUGGAGUGCAUCGCGGCAGAUGGCGCCACCGUCGCGAGCGCGUGCCUCGGCGGACAAGUGCGCGUCCUGGGGACUGGCACUCGGGAGACUGCCUCGUCACAAUCGAUCGGUGAGAGCGCGCGGCGCCCCCUGUCGGCUGCGAGAGUGGCCUGCACUUUCCAUUUGCUGACCAAUGGCUCGAAGGAAGUUGAAGGUGAUAUGGAGACCACCAAGCAGGACAACUACGUUGCUGUACUCUUCAGAAGCCCACACGAUCUCCUUUGCUUUGGCAUAGAGAGGCGGAUCGAAGCAAACGAUGGUAUGGCGCUGUCCAAGGUUUCUGCUGAGCAGGACAAAUCGGUUGAUGAUCGUUGUGAUGGUCCCAUAUUCAUUCGCAAUAGCAUUGAGGAUCGGUGCCAUUCCCACCGUCGUCAGUGGUAG